AUGGACUCAACCACGCGAACCAAGUCCGUGGAAGUCUCGCUGCCUCGUCGAGGGAGCCAGAGCUCAUUCACGAGUAAGUCCAAUCGCCACGCGCUCGAUGUCGUCGUCGAUAACGUCUCGUACGAGGUCACGAAUGUGAAGACGAAGGACAGGCUGAAGCUCUUGACCGAUGUUUCGUGCGUCUUCGAGCACGGUCGCGUGCACGCGCUCAUGGGCGCGUCGGGGGCGGGUAAGACGACACUGCUGGACGUCAUCACGUCUCGCGUCACGAGCGGAGAAGUCUCGGGCAACGGGGUGUACUACGGUGGUACGCCGGCGACGAAGGAGUCUUUCCGAGCGUGCGCGGCGUACGUCGAGCAGAGAGACACGCUCUUGGCGUCGCUCACGGUUAAGGAAAUGCUAAAUUACUGGGCCGAACUCCGGGCGAGAAACGAGGAUGAGCGCGUUGAGAUUUUGGCUCGUGUGCCGGGGAUCAUCGACGACUUGAACCUCGGGGAGUGUGCAGACGUGGUCGUGGGAGACUCGCUGUCGCGAGGUAUCUCCGGAGGUCAGGCGAAGCGCACAAACUUGGCCUUGGCACUCAUUACUGACCCAGAUGUGCUGUUCCUGGACGAACCGACGAGUGGUUUGGACAGCGCCACGUCUUUGGACAUUGUGCAGAUUCUGAAGCAGCUCGCGGACUCUGGCGUCACCGUCAUUGCGACGAUUCAUUCGCCCACUUCCGAGGCGUUCCGUCUUUUCGAUUCACUCGUCAUGCUCAAGAAGGGUCGCGUCGCCUUCGCGGGACCGAUGAACACGGUGACGACAUACUUCCAUGGUCUGGGAUAUGAGUACACCGAGUCAUUUAACAUGGCAGAUUUUUACGUUGGCGCUGUUGCAAGCGAUGACGUCGAUUGCGUCGGUGCCUUCGCGAAGAGCUCGGCUGGUGAUGCUAACAAAGGUGCAGUCAGAGCUGCGAGGGCGAAGGAACAGCUUCCACCGCCGCCACAACCGAAGGUCACGCGUGGUGCGCUUUCAAAAAUUGUCACGCUCAUAAAGUAUCGCACUCGGUACAACUACAAAAAUCCAGAUUUCGUUGCCGCAAGAAGCGCUGGCAACAUCUUGUUCGGUUUUGUCAUGAUGUCUCUCUUUUGGAAAAUUGGUGCACCGAGCGGUGAUGCGCAAGAACAGUCGACGCAGUUGAACGUCGCGAGUCUGCUCUCGAUGAUUAACAUCUUGCCGAGUUUCCAGGCGAGUGGAUACAUGCCAUCCGUGGUGAUGGAACGCGCCAUGUUCUAUCGCGAGAUAGACGACGGCGUAUACCCGUUACUAUCGUACAUCGCGUACAAGAUUAUCGAAGAGGGGUUGUUGGCGAUCCCCGUAAGCCUCGUUGCGCAGAUGAUGCUCUUUCUCGGCUGCGCCAUCAAGGGUAAUUUCUUCUACUUUUGGAUAAUUAAUUACGGCGUCAUGAGCUGUGGGAUCGCGCUCGCGUACGUUUGUUCCGCCGUCGCGCCUGAUAUGGAUUCGGCGAACACGCUAUUGCCGGUGUAUAACGUCGUUCAACUUUUAUUUUCGGGACUCAUUAUCCGCCCGGAAUCGAUGCCGAAAGGAUGGGCGUGGUAUCGCCACACGCUCUUCGUGCGAUACGGCUGGCAAGCUCAGAUGCGUAAUCAUUUCCACAACGGCGAGCCGAAGGUCUUCGUCGAUGAUUCCGGAACGGCAGUCGGCGUUUCAGACUUCUAUGGCGUCAAACACUCGCUUUCAACGAACAUUCUUGCCGUCUUCGGCAUUUGGCUCUUCUGGAUCGUCCUCGCGUACGUCGCAAUGAAAAACAUUCGCCACCAAAAGCGAUGA